GAGACACAGGAGACCACGCCAAGAUGCUGAAGUAGAUUUCACAGACGAGGAUGAAGAAUCACAUCAACAACAUAGUAGAUCCUCAAAACUGGUGGGGUUGAUGCAGAUCGACGAUGUUGCGGAGAAACAAACUUCUAACGGGCAUGAAGGUGAAGAUGUUGGGGGCAAAAAACAGCACGAAAAAACUGCAUCUACUUUUGAUCGUGAAUUAGCGCAUGACAAGGACAAGGAACAUCAAGAUAGACAUGAUUCACAUAGAGGUACAACAACAUCUAGGGAUGUUGAACAUGACCUAGACCAUCUUGUAUCCCGCCACGACAAGACAAGACAUCAUCGACGCCAACACCAUCAAAGACAUCAUCGUACCCAUAGGCAUAGUAGGGCAGGCGAUGACGAUUUAGACAUAGAUGUUGAACACGACGAUGACGAUGAUAAGAAAGAAGAUGCCGAAGACGAAGAGGACGAAGCCAUGGAAGC